AUGGCGAAGGAAACUCCGUCGCCGCCGUCGAUGAUUUCCGUCCUUAGAGCCUACGCGGCUCCUAUUUUCAUCUUCAUCCUCGCUAUGUUCUUCCAGCUUUUCCUUCUUCCUCGCUCCUUUCCUCCUUCUCACUACGACGUUUUGGGAGUGAAGAUGUACAGUCCAGUGGAUGACGUGAGAGAGGCGUACGAGAAUAUUGCUUCUAAGUGGGAUUCGAGUUCAGGAAAUGCUCUUCCAGUUGAUUUUAUAAAGAUACAAUACGCCUAUGAGCUAUUAACAAAUUCAGUAUGGAAAAGGGACUAUGACCUGUACGGCAUUGAUGAAUCUGUACAUAUUAUAGAGGAGCUUGAAAAACAAUACGCUGUGGAAGAUUUUGCAAAAAUAAAACUUCCCCUGCUGGAAGCUGUUUCUUAUGAUCAGUCAAAGCCUGAACGACGUGAAGGUUUUAUGGCAAUUACAUCUCAAGACUUUGCAUCCAAGGUCCAAGAUUCCAAGCCAUGGCUCAUUCAGGUGUAUUCUUCUGGUAGCAACAGCUCUGCCCAGUUCUCUACAGCUUGGAGAAGGAUUGUUGAUUUGGUGGAUGGGGUUGCUAACCAUGCAAUGCUAGAGCUUGGCGAUGUCAAACUUGUGACUUACCUUGCUGAGAGAAAACCGACAGGACAAGUAUUUUUUAGAAAAGGCCUUCCUUCAAUUGUCUCUUUCCCUCCAAAUUGCAAAAGUGCUGACUGCAUCAUCAGGUUUGAUGGAGAGCUUUCAACAGAUGCAGUUACUGAUUGGUUUGCGACCACUGUACUGGGUUUGCCUAGAGUAUUCUAUCACACAAAAGAAACACUGGUACCCAAGUUUCUCUCCAAAGUUCCACCUAAUAAGGUGAAAGUCAUUUUAUUCUCACAAACCGGGGAGCGAGCCACUCCUAUUGUACGCCAAGCUGCUAAAGAUUAUUGGAACUUUGCCUCUCUAUCUUACGUGCUUUGGAGAGAAGAGGAUGCAUCUUUUUGGUGGAAUGGGUUAGAGGUGGAAUCUGCACCUGCCAUUGUGAUUAUGAAGGAUCCGGGUUUAAAACCUGUUGUUUAUCAUGGAUCUGGCAAUCGUACAUGGUUUUUGGACAUUUUGGAGAAGAACAAGCAAUUACAGCUUCCUCAACUAAGAAGCACAACGUCAAUGGAACUUGGUUGUGAUGCAAAGGGAUACUCUCGAGCGGGUUUUGAUACAGCGACGUGGUACUGCGCCAUCCUUGUUGGAAGACAGAGCGUGGAACUCAAUAAGAUGAGGGAAACCAUGUGCAGGGUACAAGAAGCUUUGUCAGAGCACGACGAAUCAGGUGAGACUCCCAAGGAUCCAUCAAUAGCUCCAGCAGCAUAUGCACAAAAAACCAAGCGACUUUCAUUUGCGUGGCUCGAUGGAGAAGUCCAGAAUAAAUACUGUUUCUUCUAUGUUCAAUCUGAAACAAGCUAUGACACGUGUGGAACUAGAAGGGCACCAGUUGAUGUCCCUAGGAUAUUGAUCGUUCGGUACCAUAGAAAUGCUACAGAAAGUGCCAAUGCUGAGAAGAAAACAAGUAACUGGCCCAAAACUGUAUGGCAAUCUGAAGCUGACGAUGUUGAUCCCGCUGCACAACUUGUUGUUAGUUAUGAUGGACCGGCUGAAACUCCCGAGAUCAUAAAGUGGCUAUCGAAAAUGGUUGCAGAUGGUGACAACCAAAACUUACCUUUCUAUAGAGCGAAAACUCCAGAACUUGUUCCAGAAAGCGCUGAACCGAUGAGAUCAGGAGUCCCAAAAACCGUAAGAGCAACACAGAAAGUGUUGAGCUUAUGGAAGAUAAUCAAAGACUACCUAACGGAUCCAAGAAUGGGACCUACAUUGCUCCUAGGAGCUUUGUUAUCUGCAGGCAAUGUUUGGUGGAUAAGAAGCCGAUCAACACAACCACCUGUUCAGACAAAUCAGCCAUCAACAGACCAAUCAGACGAUAACGUGGAGGAGAAGAAGAAAGAGAGGAAGAGAGAACAACGGAGGAGGAAUGCAAAAGCUGAAGAGGCUCCUGCUUCGAUCACUGAUAACGAACCUAAAGAUGCUGUUCAAAUUCUGUCUUCAGGUUCUGAUUCUGACUAA